GUUCGAACACGUAAUGGUUGCGGAUCAGGCAAAACGCGUCGUCGACGAAUAAAGAGAUUUGGUUUGUUUCGACUCCACAUUUCUUUUCUUAAUUGCUAAGGACGAAUUAAUUAACCCCCGAAACUGUUACAUACGGAGUAUGAAUUCAAAAUUUUGAAGAAUCCCAAUCCCAAUCCUCCACAGCAAUCAAAUCAGAACCUUCUAGAUCUCACAUCACCCCCGCCUCUCUCUCUCUCUCUCUCUCAUAUUCGAUUCCAAACUCUCUCUCUCUCUCUCUCUCUCUCAUAUUCCAAAGCUCAAUCACCAUGAACCAGAAUAAAGCCCCAGCCGAUCAACCAAACUAUCCACCGCCACAAUCCGACCACCACCACUCCGACUACGCCCCCUACCCGAAGCUCGACCCCAACGACGUCGCUCCCCCCGCCGAGAACUGGACCUCCGUCCCGGUUGACUCCCAACCCCCUCCCCCUCCUCCUCAUCCGCCAGUCGCCGAACAUCCGAGGGCUUCGUCUCCUCCCCAGGGGCCCGCUCCGAUCUCCGGCGAAUCAGCCACCUCCAUGCCGCCGGAGUCCAACCCUUACGUUUCUCCCUCGCCAGCGCCGACGUCUUCCGUCAAGAAUAAGGUGGAUUCGGUGAAGGAUGUGUUGGGGAAGUGGGGGAAGAAGGCGGCCGAAGCGACGAAAAAGGCCGAGGAUCUUGCUGGGAAUAUGUGGCAGCACUUGAAAACAGGGCCCAGUUUUGCUGAUGCAGCUGUUGGAAGAAUUGCCCAGGGAACAAAAGUUCUUGCAGAAGGUGGUUAUGAGAAGGUCUUCCGACAAACAUUUGAGACUGUUCCAGAGGAGAAACUCGUGAAUCCAUAUGCAUGCUACCUAUCCACCUCUGCAGGUCCAGUUAUGGGAAUCUUAUAUUUGUCUACGGCGAAGCUAGCAUUUUGUAGCGACAAUCCUCUUUCCUACAAAGUUGGUGACGAGACUCAAUGGAGCUUCUAUAAGGUGGUUAUCCCGUUACAUCAGCUUAAAGCAGUUAAUCCUUCGACAAGCAAAGUCAACCCUUCUGAGAAAUACAUUCAGAUCAUCUCUGUUGACAAUCACGAGUUCUGGUUCUUGGGCUUUGUAAACUACGACAGUGCUGUCAAAAAACUCAAAAGCGUGCUGGAGUAACACAGCUCAUGAUCUAUUUGGAGCAUAUUUCCCUCCCUGUGACAGAAGGUACAUCACUUUAAGAUCGCCGUUGAUGUAGAUAGAAUAUUGGUGAGGAAAUUUGACGUCUGGGAGAGUAAUUUUUAAAUUGUAUGAUGCUCUUGUAUGUGUUUGUACUCUUAUGUCAUAUUUGUGAGAACUUUUGGGGACAUGGCAUGUUUGAUAUAAUUUUUUUGGUUGAUUUGUACUUUCACAUUCGAAUUUAGAUGGCAUGAUGUAAUUUCAUUAUAUUUUGGUUUGAGGAGUUAUAUUUUGGUUUGAGGACCAAAA